AUUCUCAACCAUCUUGACUGACAGCUGCCACCAUCUAGAUUUUUUAGGGUGGUGAAGGCGAGGGUUUACCAGGUUACGAUAAAUGUAGGACUUGGGUUACAUCUUUAACAAGCAGCGGUGUUCAAAAUAAAGUGAAGUAUCUAUUCCGUACGUGUCGCAACGGCUAUGCUAUCUUACAAAAUCGAUUGAGACUCGAUAUUCAUAACACUGCUGAAAUCGAAUCUGUCAUGAGACCAGAGCUUAUGUAACAUUUUUUCACUGAAAUUAUUAAAACUCGCACACAUAUCAGCUGUUUACCACAUCUGAAAGGGUAAAGCUUCAUUAAAAAAAUGUUGCGACGCUGCUCGAAACAUUUACAAACGUUAUACCGGAGACAGGGGCAGAGCCUUCGGUAUAUCACCGAUGUGCCCAAAGCACUUGGUGCUCUGUCUCAAGCAAGGCCAGCAACAGCAAGGAUUCUAGCCUCACACCAUCAGAUCGCCUCCAUACACUUCACCAGACCACUCUAUGAGGAGCAGGAUGUUAUGACUCCAGGCUUCCCUGACUCUGUAUCCGAAGGUGAUGUUAAACUGGACAAGAAAGUUGGAGACGCGGUGGCAGCUGAUGAAGUUGUUCUGGAAAUAGAAACCGAUAAAACAGCUAUUCCCGUAAUGGCACCCACUCAUGGUGUAAUUAAGGAACUAUAUGUGAAAGACGGGGAUACGGUGAAAGCUGGACAGAAGCUGUUUAGGCUGGAGGUGACUGGGGAGGCACCUAAGAAGGCAGCGGCUGCUCCUGAGCCGCCUAAAGCGGAAUCUCCGCCUCCGCCUCCGCCUACACCGACGCCUCAAGCAGCUGCCCCUCCACCUCCACCCCCACCUUCUACCCCUACACCUCCACCUCCACCUAGGGAAACACCGCCACCUGCUGCACCCAUCUCCUCUAUCCCGGUAGCAGCUAUCCGACACGCACAAGCGAUAGAGACAGCCACCGUUAAAGUCCCACCAUCUGACUAUAGUAAGGAAAUCUCAGGAACACGUACCGAGCAGCGCGUCAAGAUGAACAGGAUGAGGCAACGUAUCGCCCAGCGUCUCAAGGAUGCUCAGAACACCAAUGCUAUGUUGACUACCUUCAACGAAAUCGACAUGUCUCAUAUAAUGGCGUUCCGUAAGAAGUUUUUGGACGCAUUUACUAAGAAACAUGGGGUUAAACUUGGUCUUAUGUCGCCGUUCGUUAAGGCAGCGGCAAACGCGUUGACUGACCAACCGGUUGUUAAUGCGGUUAUUGAUGGGAAUGAGAUUAUUUACCGUGAUUACGUUGAUAUCUCGGUCGCGGUAGCUACCCCUAAAGGUUUAGUGGUACCCGUCAUUCGUAAUGUUCAAAAUAUGACAUAUUCUGAUAUCGAAUUGACGGUCGCUGGUUUAGCAGAGAAAGCUAGAACGGGGAAAUUGACCAUCGAAGAGAUGGAUGGUGGUACUUUUACUAUCAGUAAUGGUGGAGUAUUCGGAUCUCUUAUGGGUACGCCAAUAAUAAAUCCACCUCAGUCCGCCAUUUUGGGUAUGCAUGGCAUUUUCGAACGACCAAUCGCGUUGAACGGUCAAGUUGUGAUUCGACCAAUGAUGUACAUCGCGUUGACAUACGACCAUAGACUAAUUGAUGGCCGCGAAGCUGUCAUGUUCUUGAGGAAAAUCAAGGAAGGAGUUGAAGACCCCGCGACGAUUGUUGCCGGAUUGUAAAAAAACAGCUGUCGAUAAUCUUGUAGAUAGAGUAGGCGGAGUAUUUAUUAUUGUUUUUGCAAUGCAAAAAUAUUUUCUGCUAAUAAUUAUGUGAUUUAUUAUUACUCAAUUUUUUUUCGAAACUCACCUACUCUAUAAAUUAUCUGUAGACUCAGUAAGUUAAACCACUUUUGCCAGAUCUGUGAAAGAAACCGAAUUUGACAGCUUGUACAGCUUUUUUUUUUGUCUUUUUCUGAGAGCGUUGACAGAAUCGUGUAUUUUUUACAUUAUCUGUGUUACGUAUGUCGGCAAGAUGGCUGCCGUGCGGUGCAAUUGUAUUUAUUAAAUACGUCCGUUUUCGUAUUUAUUGAGAAUUAAGUAAUUGUAAUAAACGAAAGUACAUUUCCUCAAUAUGACUAAAGUA